AGGAAUAUCUAUGAGCAGUAUGUGAAUGAAAUUAUAGUUGAACCAUUUAAAGGAAAAGAUAUAAGCAAACCUGAUGAACUGAUAGAUCAUGUAAGUUAAAUGAUGCAUUGUGUAGUUCAACUUCAGGUUGGGAUGCUAGGAUUCAAAGUUUUAGUAUCACCCUGAGAAUCCAACAUCCCACUGCAUUAUUACCGUAAGCAUUAUUCCUUCAUCUCCUUGACCCAUUCAAGUAACAGACUAACAUUACAGGGUUCGAAAUAACGAUCUGAAAAUAUGUCAAAUUUUGUAGGCUGUUUUUUGUAGGUGAAAAUUUUUGCCGGCUAUUUUCCAAGCGAAGUUUAGUUAUGUUCUGGAGUGGGCAUAGCCAUAGGCCAAAUAAUAGUGAUGUAAACCAACACAACAUUUGUAAGAACACAGUAAUACAUUUUAUUUGGUGUAUAGGAACGAACAUUAACAAGUUCUGUGCAUAUAUGUACUGUACAUGUUAUUGUAAGCGAGUCAUGGGUGAAUAAAUAUAAUAUUUUUGCCGGUUCCCUAUACUUUGAAAUUCAAAAUCACCAGCAAGGUCCUAAAACAGCUGGCUAUCGCCGCCCCAAGAGACUCAAUAGUUAAUACACUAAAAUGCACUUAAACCUUGAACAAACUUUUAUAUUGACACUAUCCUUGAAUGUGGAAAUACUCAUGAUGACUAUAUUUAAGAUGGCAGACUCAUGGUACUCAGGAGACCAGCAGAGACAUUUACGCCUGUAUUCAAAAAGCUCACUCACACUCACACUUGAGUGUGACUCGAAUGAGAUGCACUCAAGUAGGGUUGAAGUGAGAGUGGAGUAUGAGUGUGAGUGUCCACUCAACGAGGGAGCAUGCACUCACCCUUGAAAAUAUUAGCUAGAUUUGUAUUCAAAGAGCUCACUCGAGUGUGACUUGCUGGAGUUUGGGUUUGAUGUUGAUGUAGAAGGUAUAUAAAAUAUAGUGAGACUGUUGUAGACUUGUCAAUGCAUUGUACGGGGUUGCUGAACAAUAUGGCUGAAGCUAGACAAUAUUUUUCGCAAUUGGAAAAGUUGCUGUUAACUGAAUUAGUGCCAAAAUACAAAGAUCUUCUAGAAAAUAAAAUGAAUAAUUAAAAGUCAUACAACGUAUAUUAAUUGCAUUAUCAUAUUGAAUAUGUUAUUCAUAAUUUACGUAAAAUGUUGCAUUAUCAGGGCUUGUCGUACCGCAUUGCCCAAACGUCGGUAAAACAUCUAAGCUUCUUCCUCAUCGCGGCCAGAAUAUGUUCUGGUUCAUAUAGAUAUAAAGUUGUGAAAUCUGCUGUGUUGGUAUAAUGUACUCAGGUGAAUAAGAUGUUUGUAUGAUGUUACUCUGAGUGUAUAUCCACACCGGGCAGGCUUGAAAAAUAUGCCUGGCCACGGCGGGAUUCGAACCUACGACCUUUGGAAUACUAGCCCAAUGCUCUUCAACACAACAGAUUUCAUGAUUAUUAGAUUACACUGAUAUCGAAGGAACUAGACUCAGUUCCGAAAUAUCGCAUACUCGAACCGUCCUGACCGCGUAGCUCAGCUGGAAGAGCAUUGGGCUAGUAUUCCAAAGGUCGUAGGUUCGAAUCCCGCCGUGGCCAGGCAUAUUUUUCAAGCCUGCCCGGUGUGGAUAUACACUCAGAGUAACAUCAUACAAACAAGAUAUAAAGUUGAACAACACAGCUGUAACAACAAUUAUAGUUAGGGACGUUUGCAAUUUUGUGCGAAGGGUUGUUGAAAGACAUGGAAAUAGCAUUUUCCAUACGCCAAACAUCCUUUCCACGGUGUUUCGUGUACGUACGCAUUUGUGUUACAUCAGUUAUAUCUGCGUUGCGGUAGUUUGCGGUUGGGUUUGCGAUCAAUUGCUGGUGUCAUUAGAUGUUGACGGCAUGGAUAACCGUUAUCACCAAGUAAUAUACUCCGAAUAUCACCACGUUCAAACUGUGCACUAUAUGCGACUAUUGUCGAAUAUUCUGGCGUCAUGUAUGCUACCUGGCCAACGUGCAACAAUGUUUAAAAUAUCUAAAUUUGGCCCGCAAACAGCUUGAAUUCGCCAGAAAUCAAGUUUGAGUUGAUCCAAAAUAUCGCCCUCAGGAAAUGUUAUGUAAUUGUUCCUUAAGCGCGGUGCGAUUGCCUCGGAUACUCGCUUUAUAAUUCGAUUUGCUGAUGGCUGCGAAAUCUCACACAAAUCUCCGCAUGCUACAUGGAAUGUACCCGUGGCGUACAACCUUAGCGUCAACAAAAGUUGUAUAUCUGACCUAAUGGGCUUUCCUCAGUUUCCUCGCUCGUUGUGUACAGAUAUUUCUGGUCUAAUUAUAUCCAGUAACUCUCGAAAUCCAGCCUUAGUUACCCGGUAUCUGCAUCAAAACUGCUCCUCGUCAUAUUUCCCAUAAUAAAAAAUAUAUGGUCUCCUCCUGUCUCUGUUGUUUCUUGCGACAUUGUCCAGUAAUUCUAACCUUCUUAACCACCUUUCCGCCAUAUUUGAAUCACUAAGUACAAACUGAGUGCGGCUCAAGGGACGUCUACCUCACUCACUCAAAAUCGGAGCUUCACUUGAGUGUGAGUGGUGUCUUUGAAUAGUUGGAGUGUUAGUGUCACAUUAUACUAUGUGAGUGGUGAGUUGCACUCAUUAAGAAUGAGUGUCCACUCAUUGAGUGUGAGUGAGCUUUUUGAAUAGAGACGUUAAUCUUUCAAAUUUGUAGUAUUCAGUUGAGACACAAGUCACAGUUUGGUAUCCGCAACCAAAUUUUAUACUGUAGAUAUCACGAUACUGCAAAUAUUCGAACCUGAACUUGUUGUAAUAACAUUUAGUUAGCCAUACACAUACUAGCUGUAUUGUGUCUAACCAAGUACUAACUACAUCAGCAUUGGUGCCUAAAUUACUUUGAAUUUGUACUCGAGUAAAAGUAGAAAUAAUUAACAAUAAAACGACUUGAGUAAGAGUAAAAAGUACUGGAGGCAAAACGUAAAUAUUACUGUAAGUAAAAAGUACAAAGUAUAUAUCCUUAAAAAAAUUCUACCCAUGUGUCUAGUUAACCCGCCAAGAUGCAUCAUGCCCUAAUGCGCCCUACUUUAUUAUUUCACUCUGUCUAAUGCCAGACGAUUUACACGUCAAGGAGCUGUAGCUCAAUGGGUAAAGCUUUCUUUACAGCCACUUAAUCCUAAUCCAUCAAGUCAAUGGAGUACGUACUUUAAAGAAAAUGAAACUUUAUUUCAAAUUGAUAAAGAUUGCAGGUAUCACAUUCGGCUAUUUGUUGGCUUUAUAACAAAACUUGGUUUUAAUGUCAUUUAAAUAUAAAUAACUAAAAUAGGACAUAUGUAGCUGUACCGUAUUUUCCUUCCUAUUUUGUAGAAGGUUACUACCUGACAUUUCAUUUUUUCAAAGUGCAACUCAGUAUCCUAAGAAAGAGUUAAUAGGUACUGUUAUGGUAUUGCCCAUUUUACAGAAGUAUUCAUAAUAGAGAACUGCCCAUGUUAGAGUGGUGUCCACAUUAGAGUGUGUCCUUAUUAGGGAAAUAUUCAUAUUAAGGCUGAUUUCCACUGUUGCGUUCUUCGUACGCACAUAAAACGUGGAAUCCUUCUGCUUUUUAAAUAUUUUGCAAAUCAGUUAACAAAUGCAUACUAAAAGUUGCGGAACACUAAAUUCUGUUGCUUUAUUUAUUUGGUUAUUUCAUAAGUAACAUUUAAACGGAUUUAAAGUUUUACGUGCGUAUACGUACAAGUACGUAUGAAAAACGCCACAGUGGAAAUCAACCUUUAAAUAGAAAGAUGUCCACGCAGAUGUGUUCGUAUUAUUAGAGAGGUAUCCAUAUUAGAGAGGUACAGUAUCCGUGUUACAUGUAGAGGCGCCCAUAUUAGCAAGAUGUCCAUACUAAAGAGGUGCCUAUAUUAGUAGAGGUGUCCAUAUUAUAGAGUUGUUCGUAUCAUAGAGGUGUCCAUAUUAGAGACUGUUUGUAUAAGAGAGGUGUCUAUAUUUGAGAUGUGCCUACUGUAGUAUAUUAGAGAGUUGUCUAUAUUAGAGAGGUGUCCAUAUUACAGAAGUGUACGUAUUAGAGAGGCGUCUCUAAUAUAAAAGUGUUUGUAUUAGAGAGGUGUCUAUAAUUGAGAUAGGCCUAUAUUAGAGCGUUGUCUGUAUUAGAGAAGUGUUUGAAUUAGAGAGUGUCCAUAAUAGAGAUGUGUUUGUAUUAGAGAGGUGUCCUUAUUAGAGAUGUGGCCAUAUUAGAGAGGUGUUCAUAUUAGAGAGAUGUCUGUAUUAGAGAAGUGUUCGUAUUAGAGAGUGUGCAUAGUAGAGAUGUGUUUGUAUUAGAGAGGUGUCCUUAUUAGAGUUGUGGCCAUAUUAGAGAGGUGUUCAUAUUAGAGAGAUGUUUGUAUUAGAGAAGUGUUCGUAUUAGAGAGUGUGUAUAAUAGAGAUGUGUUUGUAUUAGAGAGGUGUCCUUAUUAGAGAUGUGACUAUAUUAGAGAAGUGUUCAUAUUACAGAGAUGUCCGUAUUAUAGGAAGUGUUCGUAUUAGAGAGGUAUCCAUAUUAGAGAAGUAUUCGUAUUAGAGAUGUGUUCGUAUUAGAGAGAUGUCCAUAUUAGAGAUGUGUUUGUAUUAGAGAGGUGUCCCCUAUUAGAGAUGUGUCCAUAUUAGAGAGGUGUCCGUAUUAGAGAGAUCCAUUUAGAGUGACUGUCGUUGGUUAUUUUUAUUGUUCGUUAUUCUUAGAAGAGUUAUGUGUAUUAUUGUAGGUGAUGAUAAAGAUUUUCCAACUCUAAGAAAAAGAGUUCAGACGUCGUAUUUGGAAGCAGCUCAUGUCAAAACUAACAGAAUGGGAAUUACAAAUGUACUGUAUUGGCUGUAA